AAAUACGCGUUUAACAAUUCAAACUAGUUGAAUAAACAAUUACUAUCAAUAGAGCAGAUCCUAAUUUGCAUCUGUAUGAUCUCGUCAACUAGCAUAUUUAAAUCAAAUGUUUAUGUUUGAAAUGAAUAUAUAACUGCAAGGGUAUAUGACUAAUCUGCAGGCCGGUAUGCGCUCCAAAUGGCAGCAGUCCAGAAUUUCAAACUUCUCUACGCAUCAGCCAUAUUAUUGUCAACUACACAGAAAGUACAAACAGAAAGGGUCGAUAGGCUAUCAUAUUAUUAUAACAGUUUUAGCGAAAUGAAGACGAUUUCUCCAGGCAACUUCUAUACCCGGAACGAGUACUAAGUCAUGCAAGAAAGCAACGAUCAACGAGUUUCUCAAUAAACAGAGCAGUUAUGGAUGUCAUUGUACCACCUCCAAUGGUUUCUUCAGGGCUUCUUCCAUCAGGAAUGUUGCUGGAGUCGUUGAUCCACAUCUCAAAUGAAGUUACAUCAACGGAAAAGGUCGCCUUCUUGCAGAUGAAAAAUAUUUCAACAAUGAUGAGAAGGACAAGACUGCUUUCGUCGUUGUUUGAAGAGGUCCAAGACACGGAUAAAGCACUUCCGCCAUCUUCAAUCUUGUGCCUGACCGAGCUUUACUCGGUAAUCAGAAAAGUGAAGAUUCUGAUUGACAGUUGCAGAGAAGGUAGUGUCCUCUGGAAUCUCAUGCAAACAGAAUACAUCUCGAAUCAGUUUUACUCAUUGGUGAAAGAGAUGGCAAGAGCACUGGAUAUUUUGCCUCUGAGCUUGCUUGACUUAACAGCAGAUACCAGAGAGCAAGUCGAGCUUCUUCACAAGCAAGCGAAAAGAGCACAGUUAUUUGUCGACCACAGGGAGAUUCAGAGAAGGGAUGAGCUUGUCCAAUUGAUAGCCCUCAUGAGCGAAAAGAACAGAAAGAACAAAGGGCUCUUUGAUAUCAGAAAAAUUAGAGACGUCUUAAGUGGCAUUGGUCUAAGAAGCCCGGUGGAAUUUGAAGAAGAGAUUUCAAAACUGGCGGCAGAAGCUGAGAAGCAAGCAGGCACAGGUGGGCUGCUUGUGGUUUCUAAUAUUAACAACCUCAUAUCCUUGAUAUCACUGUCCAAAACUACAAUUUGCAGCAGGGAUGAGCAUAUGAAGACUCACGAGGAUCUGAAGAAGCGCAAAAUGCCAAUGAACAGUCGCCAUGGUCAAUCAUUUUCUCAGUCCAUGGUGUGUAACAUACCUGAUGAAUUCCGGUGCCCAAUUUCACUGGACUUGAUGAAGGACCCUGUAAUUGUAGCAUCAGGGCAUACUUAUGAUCGGAAUUCCAUAGCGCAGUGGAUAAAUUCAGGACAUCACACAUGUCCGAAAAGUGGGCAAAGGCUGAUCCACAUGGCUCUCAUACCCAACUAUGCAUUGAGAAGUCUGAUACACCAAUGGUGCCAGGAGAACAACAUCCCAACUGUGGACUCAACAUCAUCGUCAGAGCUAGAGAGAACCACUAGUAAGAAAAGAUCUUCUGAGACUGUCAUCGAUCAUAUUUCUGCAACUAAAGCUGCUGUAGAUGCUGUAAAAAUGACAGCGGAAUUUUUAGUAGGGAAACUAGCAACAGGAUCACCAGAUAUCCAAAGGCAGGCAGCAUAUGAGAUUCGGUUACUUGCAAAAACUGGAAUGGAGAACCGCAGAAUAAUCGCUGAGGCAGGAGCCAUUCCAUUUCUGGUAACUUUGCUGGGUUCUCUCGACUCCAGAAUCCAGGAAAAUGCAGUCACUGCCUUACUUAACCUUUCAAUAAAUGAGAACAACAAGACAUUAAUUAUGGCUGCUGGAGCAAUUGACAAUGUGGUAGAUGUUCUGCAAUCGGGAAGAACGAUGGAGGCCAAAGAAAAUGCAGCAGCAGCAGUCUUCAGCCUGUCUAUAAUUGAUGACUACAAAGUAAUUAUUGGUGCUCACCCAAGAGCUAUUCCUGCUUUGGUCGGGCUCCUAGGAGAAGGAACUCCAGCAGGUAAAAGGGAUGCUGCAACAGCACUCUUCAACCUUGCAGUUCUUAAUGUCAAUAGAGCCAAGGUAAUACUUGCAGGAGCAAUUCCUUUGCUCAUUAAUCUGUUGACAGAUGAUAAGGCAGGUGUCACGGAUGACGCCUUAGCAGUGCUCGCCCUUCUUUUGGGAUGUCCUGAAGGACUGGAAGAGAUAAGGAAGAGCAGGAAUCUGAUACCCCUUCUUAUUGAUCUUCUGAGAUUUGGAUCUUCCAAGGGAAAAGAGAACUCAAUUACUCUUCUACUGGGGCUCUGUAAGGAUGGGGGAGAGGAUGUUGCACGGAGACUGUUGAUGAAUCCACGCAGCGUCCCUUCUCUGCAAAGCUUAACCACUGAUGGGUCACCAAAAGCUCGUCGAAAGGCUGAUGCUCUGCUCAGAAUACUCAACAGAUGCUGCUCUCAAGUGACAAAUCCUAUUGGAUGAUGCACGUUAAAUUCAUUAGCAAUGAUAAUUUGUGUAAAUAAACGGAGACGCUGCAAUUUGUUACUGUAAUAUACCCCUCUGUGCUUCUGGCUAAACUUGAAUCAGGCCACUGUCCAAAAAAUAUCCUAUGCAAUUGUAUAGCAACAUUAACUGAUAAAAGAUGUAUGUUGCAUAUGACAAACAGUGUCUUCUUAUUUGCAUCUGACAUAAGACAGAAUGUGGAACAUAUGAAGCUGAACGAAAAGGCAAUAAGCCUGUACAUACCUUAUCCUUGAUUGCACAAAGAUUGCAGCCCAAGUUUGGGGACUGCACAUUUGAAAGACUAACAACCAUAAACAGAUGAAAGAGUCACCAGAUAGAGAUCAGCAAAUGAAUAACUUGAUUCGUGGAAAAUGUUACCUUGAACACUCAGGUUGCUGCUGGAGGACUCGAGCAAGGAACUUAGAUAAAGGAAUCAGGUAUAAAAGUCAUACAGAAAGAACAAGAAUACAUCAUUUUGGCAUUUCAAUCUUGUUUCUCUUUGUAGCAAGUACGCUGGAAGUUGAUUAUGUUUUCUCUACUAGUAAAAAGGAGUUGUUUAAAAUGAUGCUCAUUCUCAUCCUGUUAAUCAUAUACUGCUACAUCAAUGGAAAAUAUUACAUGAGUUUUGCCUGCACGUGCUAGAUUGAUCAACAAGUGCAUGCAGACCAUAAUAUCUGUGACUUUGCAUGAAUGCU